GAAGUACAGUACAGGCAAUCAAACUAAAUUCACGUACAUUAUCUUAGUACGUUACAUUCGAAGACUUCCUUAAUCGAUCCGAAAUAACUAUAUAUGAAUAAUUUUGAAAUUUAUAGAUUCAAAAAAUCGGAUUAUAUUUGAACAUCAUCAUCUCUUGCAUAGACGCCGUCGCGACAUCUCAGAAAACUGCCUAACGUGUAAUCUCGCGCGAACGGACGUGACUUCCGUGGGUUGUGCGGUUGUCAUGGCGACCAACUCGGUUUUGAAUUUUGAUUUUAUUUUAAAAAAAAAUAAAAUGAUUUAAUUGGUUGAUUUUUUUCCCGUUUCCUUUUAUUUGAAGCAUGUCUUCGCAUUUAAUUCCUGCUGGAAGUAAUUCUAAUAGUCAUAUUGUUCAUCUAAAUGUCGGUGGUACUCGGUUUGCUACUUCUCGACAAACUUUAACAUGGGUUCCAGAUUCAUUCUUUACAAGCAUGCUCAGUGGUCGGAUUUCAACAUUAAAAGACGAAACAGGAGCAAUAUUCAUUGACAGAGAUCCAAAACUUUUUACUAUAAUACUCAACUUUAUGAGAACAAAAGAUAUUGAUUUGAGAGAUGUUGAUGUUGCAAUUCUUAGACAUGAAGCUGAAUUCUAUGGAAUUGCUCCACUUGUUAAGCGUCUAAUUUUAUGUGAAGAUCUAAAUCAUUCUUCUUGUGGAGAUGUUCUAUUCCAUGGUUAUUUGCAUCCUGCAGGAAUACCCUCUGUUGAUCCAUCCAUUGCAGUUUCUAGAUGUAAUGUUAUAAAUGAAAAAACUGACAGUGCUAUUUCCCAACAAGAUAGUGAAAAUACACCAAGUACAAGUAAUGUUGGUAUUCAAAUGGGACAAGAAGCACGACCAGGAACUGUUCUUAGAGUUGUCACAGAAACUGCAUCACCUCAAAGAAAUACAUCAAGUCAUUCAAGAAAUCCUUCUCUAGAUAAAAGAUUUCCACCAGUUCCACUUUCUCGUAGUUCAUCUGAUCUUCGAAAUAUUGGACGAGGUCAUUCCAGAGCUUCCUCUCUUGACUUAAGACAUUCCCGCAACUCAUCAGCUGAUCUCACAAAAAAUAUGAAAAUGGAUCUAGGACUAUAUUUUAAUACACAAGGCCCAAAUUGCUGGACAGAUCCAUUAAGAGUUCGAAUAGUGAAGGGUCAUCACAACUGGAUUGCUGUUGCAUAUGCUCAUUUUGUUACUUGUUACAGAUGGGUCAGAUUGAGAGAUUCUACAGGUUGGCAGCUUGCUUUUACAAGUUCAUAUAUUGAUUCUACUGUUGAAAAAAUUGCACUUAAUGCAAAAGUUGUAUCCAAUCAGUCAGAAAAUAGUACCAAAAUGCUAGCCAUUUCUUACGGAUCUCAAGUGCAGCUUUGGGGAAUCACAGAAGAUGGAGUAAAAACAGAAAUUGGUAUAUUUAAUUUACAUGUUCCUGUUGACAAUUUAUUUUUUAUUGGAAGUCAACUUGUUGCUUUAAGUCAUACUGGUAAAGUAGGUGUCUGGCAUGCCAUGACUCAACAUUGGCAGAUUCAAGAUGUAGUUCCAAUUGCAAGUUUUGAUACAGCUGGAUCAUUUCUACUGCUUGGAUGCAAUAAUGGAUCUAUAUAUUAUAUUGGUAUGAUAAUACAGAGUGACCAAAAAAAUGCACUCACUCUUUGACCAUUACUAAUAUAUUAAGUUUUGAUUUAGGUGUUUAUUGACAUAGAUAAAAGUCUAAUAAGUUAAAUUAAAGAAAAUUUAAUGGCAUUAUUGAAAACAUUAGUCUUUUCUCCUAGCCUAGUUUACUCAUUCCUGUGUUUUGCAAAUGUUCAAACUGGUUUCUACGAAAUUCCAAACACAGCUAAUAAUGUGGACCAAUGGACUUGACAACAUUGUGGAACAUUUCAUUUGGAAUUGCAAGACAUUGCCUUCCAUUUUCUUCUUUUAAGUGAUUGAUUGUUACUGGUUUUGCAGCAUAAACCUUAUCUUUGAGAUAUCCCCAUUAAAAAAAUCUACUGGGGUGAGGUCUGGGGAACUUGCAAGGAAUUCAUUGUUACCUCUUUGCCAUUAUUUAGGGUUAUUUGCACCUGAAACAAAAACAAAAAACAUGAAUAUUGGACUGUUAAAGAGUCAGUACAUUUUUUGGGACACCCUGUAUAAAUGUUUUAUUCCUUUUUUUCAAGAAAUUAAUGUCAUAAAUAAUAAUCUAAAAAGUAACAAAACAUAUUUUAAGUGUUUGAAUAUCAAAUGACAUAAUAAUACUAAAAUAUUAUGCAUAAUGUUAAAACCACCAUUAUGCUAAUGUUCAAAACCAACCUUGAGCUUAUCUUAAGAUGAGAUCAAUACAGUUUCAAACAGUUACUUUAAAAAUGCUGAAUGACUUCUUUAAAUGUAAGUCAAUUAUUGAGAUUGAAAUUAUAGUUAAAUAUUUUUGAUUGUUUUAUUUUAAACUUUAAUCAAAAUGAUAAAUUUUCUUUUUAAUUUUUAUUAAGCAAACCAAAGUAAAGUGUUGAAAAUCCAGACUAAUUUGGGCUGGACCCAUCUGGAUUUCAAAUGUUCAAAGUCCAAGUCAAUAUUUUACAGGAAUGAAGGAAUAUUUACACAGAUUCAAAAUAUAAUUUACAGAAUCCCUAUGUUUAAACAAAAAAAAUACAAUAAUUAUAAUUUCAAAAUUAAAAAGUUACAAAUUCUGAAUGAAUGUUAGAAUAUCAAUAACAGAAAGCUGAAAUAAUACCAACAAUAAAGUUACCAUUGAAAGGGAUUAAUAUUCACUUCUUGAUGGAUGAAUUUGGAUUUUUGACCUCUAAAUUUUUUGCGAUUUACUGUACUUUUCAAUCAGUGUCCUAUUCUUUUCUGAUAAAUAAGAAAUUUAAAAUUAAUAUAUAGUAAAAAAGUAUAUUUUGUCU